AUUCAGAUAGAGAUGAUUGUAUAAUUUAAAUGCGUUUUCAUGGUCGAAGAAACGGACUUAUUUAGUUUUUCACUGGAUUUUUGACGUACCGGUAAGCGCAAAGGAGAAUGAACACGUUCCGAAAACUCGUAUCCCAAGGAACCCUUUCUGGAGGGUCGAAUGGGGGAUACUCUUCGUCAGCUGGAGGUCAAAGAGGCGACACUGAUCUCGGUUUGACUCUUCUGAGGUCACUGGUUCAAUCAGUUCUGAGCAAGAGUUCAGACCUGACACCUCAUGAGAAGCGAAGUAAGAUCAGAGAGAUUCUGCCGUUGAUUUUGAAGUUGUUUCGAAACUCGACCGGGACUGAGAUAUGUGCGCAGUUUGAACAGGUGGCUCCGUUUGCAGUGACCAUGUGCAAGUUGUUUGUCGAGGAAGUCAGAGUGAGAGCACAGCCUUCUUCUACAGUGUAUGCUAGCAGAGCCAUCAUGGCGUAUCUGAGCGGAAACGAGCAGGCACCAAACACCAACGCAUCAUCGGGUGAAUUCGGGAAGAAUUUGCUGCUGUGUUUGGAAGUGAUAUGCUCAGCGAGCAAACAGGUCACAGAUGAGAUGGUACAAUGCAACUUACCAUCCACGCUGGUGAAGUGUAUCUACAUCUUCUACGAUCUUCCACCCACUCAGAACAGCUUGGAGGGAUGUGAGAGACUAGCAGUGAAAGAAUCAAUCCGUCACAUGCUCUCCCAACUCCUGCGCUACCACAGAGCCACUGAGGAACUGAUGAAUGGGGAGGACUUGGCUCUGCUGAUCACAUCAGUGGCCAACUUCUGUCCCCCUCACAAUGUGAUGUGGAGGGAGACUGCCUCUUCUGCUCUCACUACUCUGAGUGUGAAUGCACUGACGCCAAGUGUGAUUAACUACAUAAGGAGGAAGGAGUGUAUAAGACAGUGCAUUGAGAAGAUGAGGGAGAUAGGCCAGUUUUCUCCCCUGGAAAUAGUGGAGAUGUUUGUGACCCUCUUCUGCCUUCUGAAAGACUCCGCCGCACUCAGUGUGAAGCUGCUGGAGGACUUCGAACGACACAAGGGAUACGAGUUCCUCAAGGAGUUCUUAGUCAAGAUGGACCGGUAUGAGUGUGAGGCGAAUAUAGACGCCACUAUCCGCACCCUCGCUCUCUCCAUCCUCUCUCUAGUCUACUGUGGGGAGAGUGAAUUGAAGCCACCCUCUGACCUCGAGAUCCAAUUCUCACUCCCUGACUUCUCAAUUCCACAGCCUAGCAACAGAGGUGGCCCGCCGUCGAUGAUACGGAAAAUGACCAAAAACUCCAAAGGAAACUCUCUCCGAAACAUUCGAGCGUUCGACGUGCUGCAACAGACAUUCAUCAACUGCAACACAGCGUCACUUCUCCGGACAAUCCUGGAGGUAAUUUCGACCAUCUACAAUGCAGACGUCUCAAACUUCUUCAUUCUGUACAACCAGAAAACCCUGGUCGCAUUCGCCCACGUCAUUCCAAACAAGUCGCAAGAGGUCUGGGCUCAUUACUUCGAUCUGCUGGACUUCGUGGCGACUACUUUGAGAUUUGUUCCCAUCUUGGAAUUGAUCACACUAUCUUCGCAUCUCGAAACCAGAAGUAACUUGGACUUUUGUCGAACAACCCUCCAGUUCAUGCAGACUCUGACCCUGUUUCACCCUAUCUACUCGAAAGUGCUCAACCACUGCGAUCUUCUGAGAGUCCUCACGUCUACCCUAGUUCACUUCUCGAAUCACCAGGCCGAGUUUGGACUGCACAGUAGAGACAACGGAGACUUCGAUUUCGAUGCAGACAACCUUAGUUACUAUCACUUUGUCAUCCAGACAUUGAUUAUGAUUUUAAAGGAAAACGAAACGAACAUAGUGGCGUUCAAAUCGUUCGGUGGAGCUGCAGUGCAUCAUUUGAUCACGCCGGAACCUACGAGAAGCGCUGCACUGCUUCUUGUACAGACAUUGCUUUGCUCUUCUAUUGGCGAAGACGACACGAGUCGUUUAAUCCAGCGACUGUCGACAGUCGAGCAAACUGACAUCAAGUUGAAAGUGGAUCUGUUAAGAUGUCUGGCAGACUCUUUGCGACAACAUAGCGUAGUGAGGUCUAGAUUCAGACUCAGUCAAGGGUUUAUUCAUACAUCGUCAUUAGUUGCGGGUCUGACUAAUAGUCUGACGACCCCACCUUUGCCACCUUGGGACAGAAUAGACCAGUCGUCUAUUUUUCAACUAAUUGAAACGGUGCUGCAAACUCUAACGGCCGCUUUGUAUAACGACCCAGCAAAUGUAAGAUACUUCAACAAAGAAGUGAAGUUUGAAUAUUUGGUCAACUCGGUUCUGCUGCUGGGAUGUUUUGUGAAACGAAGAACGAUGUCGAAUUAUCAUCACGUAGAACAUGGAGAAGAGUAUUUGAAUCAUAAUCCGUCAAACUACUUUUUGGAUGAGUUUGAAGCUAGAAAAGAUUUGCCAGAUUAUACGCCACAGAUUUCGGCUGUGUUGAAGUUGUUCAGUUAUUUGAUGAAGGUAGCAAUUGAUUCGUUCAACACUCAACCCAUCAAACUAGAGGACAACACACCAGCAAUAAUCCAUCCUGGAGCCAUAAUCUCGAUGAUAAACCUACUGUCUGCAAUUUCAUUCCCCGAAUCCCGUCAGUGGGAAUGUGCGGUACACUUCCAUAUUCUGUGCAUAGUGCAAAAACUGGUUCUAUCAUGCGAACGAAAUGCUCAAAUGCUAGCACGUGGUGGUUUGAUUCGCGUUCUGAUUGGUCCAAUUGGAGCGGUGAUGUUAUUGGACGAACAUCAUCCUUCACAUUCAGUCACGCAUUCGCUUCUUGAUAGGCUGUCUAAUCAGAGGAUUGAAGUAAGAGAGUUAAGAGCUUAUCUGAGACUAGGGAGUCCGUUGCAUUGUUUGUUUAACGAAGAAGACGCGGUGAAUAAAUAUGUCCCGACUGAUGACAGAUGGCGACUUGUUUCGACAAUGGGUCUCGCUUCGAGCGCUUCACCGCAUGGAAGUCGUGCCAUCAUGUCACCGAGAGGCGACGACCUAUCAAAUACGACAGAUGAUAUUAAGGAGAUGAGCCGAGAAUUGAAGAAAUGCGAAUGUUGUGUGUGUCGAAUUAAAUCAGGAAGUGUCCCGCUGAAUACCAUAAAGACCCUAGUUGCGAUGAGUGGUAAACGAGAAGCAGACGCUAGAAGGGCGAUCAUGUACGCAGAUUACGUGAUGACUGAGCCACCGGCAUUCGUUGAGUUCAACUAUAACUUCGAAGGUUUUGGCAGUAUUUUCAUUCCAAAUCUUGUGCCACAUGCGGGAUCUCCUGCUUCGUUCGUGGGAUCAGCUGGAACAGUGGCAGUCGCUGCACUUUCGUCCACAGCUUCCAACUUUGUCGGAUCUCCAGUUGUACCUUCAGCGCCCGGGGCUUCUGCGGCCGCGGUAGUGAGUCUCGGCACAGGUGACCACCGGGUGUUUCCACCGAACAACGGAAUGUCCUUCACAUGCUGGAUCAACAUGAUUGACUUGCCUGAAGAUUGUAAUCAUCAUAUGAGACUCUGUACGAUCUCGAGGAACUUCAGCGCAGCGUCUAGCAAACCCGGUGACUCCUCGAAUCGAAAUUCCAUUGGAUCCUUAAGCAGUUCUCCAGCCAAUCUCGCCAGCCAGUUUGAUUUUGUUGACGUGUCUUCUCCUCCCCAAUCCAGGGACCUGGUUUGUUUCCAGGUGGGAAUAUCUGCUGUGGAUCACUCUCUGGUAGUUUCUACAAAGGAAGUGCCUGAAGGCUCGAAGAGUUUCGUAGGACUGGAUGAUCCGACUGGAGUUUCCUCUAAUUCUGAUUUGUCGUUCAGAUCCAAUGUGUUCAAACAGACAAACGGUUGGAUCCACAUUGCCGUAGUUCUCACAAAAGGCUUCGUGAAGCAGAGCUCCUGUUCCAUCUUUGUGAACGGAAUCCAGCAGAUAUCCAACAGGAUGCACUACAUCUCAACGCCCAACACUACCAACACACCAUCUGUGUACACGACUAAUAUGAGUAUAGGCACAUCACUCGUGUAUGCGACUGACAAGUGUAAACUGAAGUGGAAACUAGCAGGAGCUCACUUGAUGGAAGACGCACUGUCAAGUACCCAGAUAGCACACAUGUACAAGCUGGGCCCCUCAUAUAGCGGCUCCUUCCAACGAUGCCCGAUGAACCUGUUUGACCUCCCUUCCUCAAACACCUCCGCCAUCUCCACCCUCAACCCCUCCUCCAUCAUCACAUCAACCCCAGUGACCCCGGCUACACCAGGUAGUUCUGCAACAUCUACGGGUGGAGUGGUGGCUAUAGUUAGUGAGGAUAAGAUCAUAUGGGGAGUGAAUGCAAGGAGUAUGACUGUGUUGAGUCUGGCCAGGAUCAGAAAGAUGUAUGGAAAAGGGAUGGCAAUCACCCUAUCCAAACUGCUCAAACUGUCACUGGCCGAUGAAGUGUGCCCCGUUCGCGUUCUCUUCAAUUCCGCCUCCCACCUUCAAGGUCCAGUGAGAGCACCUUUAGGCGGAGUCCUCAUCGGCAACUCCUCAAUUCGAGCUUUCACUCCUGCUCCUUUGGCUUCAACUUUGAACAAAAUUGGAGCUCCUUUGAUAGUCCUAGAACUCAUAGCCAAGAGUGAUUCAAUCGAGAGAUUGUACGCGUGUGUUAAACUGUUGAACACUGUUUUGCCUUGUCUUGAGAUUAAGAGUGACAUGGACUGUAAGAAAUGGUUCCAGACUCUUUCGUUGAUUCUGGAACGGAAGGCCCACUCAAUUAAUUCACAUGUGGCACAGAUAAUCUUGGAAACGAUUGGAAUAGUGGAGUCAAAUUUCUCCUCUCCUACAAAACAGCCAGACUCUAUCCCUGACUCAUUCAACUCCCCCCACGUGGAGUGCAGACUCUCUCCAUUCUAUCAACACUUGGCACUCACUGAAGUACUCCUCAAUCUGGACAUCUGGAGUGGAUGUUCUUCAGAGGUACAGCUGCUGGUGUUUAAGUCACUUACCAGUGCAGUCAAAGAUGACAAGUUGGCUGAUGCGAUGGUCAAUCAUGCAAUCAUUCCCAAAAUAGUGGCAAAGUUACGAGAAACUCAAUCUUGCGCUUCACUGGCUACCAGCAAAGCCCUCAUCAAACUCGCAGUUUCGCUUCUGACGAAAUCUCCCCACGCACACAUCGGAUGUGUUGCACAAUACAUUGCCAGUCUGCUCUAUUUAUCAAACAACUCCCCAAAUGAACAAUCACUCACAGAAAACUCCAUAGAACAGAAAUUGGUACUGUUGCGUAAUCAUUCCUUGUACUGUCUGAUUAGCGAAGCCUUUUCAUUGGAUGGAUCGAAAUUGAACACCUCGUUUUGCUCAAUGGUCCAGGAAGCUAUUGGCUUCGACUGGAUCUUAUUAUUUUUAUGCGAUCCAAAAAUUCACGAAAGUACAGUAGUCGCAGCUUUCAGACUUCUAGUAAUAAUUUUACUGAGCCCGACAGGCAUGAGUAAUUUCAAACAUGGAAGUUAUAAUGGUAACUGGUUGAGCAUUACUAACUCAGCCUUGCAACAUCCAUACUCGAAUAAACCUCUAUCGCAUUUCGAUCCUCAGAGUUCAUCUCAUGUAACAGUAAGCCGACAGCAAUCAUUGGCGGCCAUGGGAAUUGUAAAUACAAAUUCUGGCAAUGCAAAUGGUAACUCGGAUGUUAUAACCCCUGCUUCGUCAAAAGGUGCUGCCGCAGAUACGAGAACUGAAUCGAUAGAUGAAAACUUGUGUGUCGGAGGAGCUUCAGCUUCGGCUCAUGCGAAACAGAAUGGGUUCCGACCGGCUUUUUGCGCAGUUAACGGCUUCGAUGCACUCCAAUAUUGUAUGGCUCAUCAUACUCACGUGACGCAACUGUACUACUUGUUGUUUGCAUUGACGCUAUCGAAGAUUCCUAUCAGAGAUCCACCAGGACCCAGCGUACAGUUUUCCGGGCAGGAGCUGUGUGCUUAUGCUGACUUCAGAUACCCCCACUCGCACUCUCCCCAGAGAACCAACCCACAAUCUCCCCCCUCUAGCAGCAGUACCACCCCCGUCUCCUCAUCUGCAAACAUCCUCAUCGAACCCCUUCAAGUCAUCAUAGUCAUGCUACAACAUGCAAUCCACAAGGUUGAAAUUGGGGCUAAAAAGACCCCUACAACCUCUGUCAGUGUCAGCGUUGGAUCCCCUUUAAGGGGAGAACUCCUUGGCACUCUUGAGGAGAUGCCAAAUUCCGAAUCUGACCGUGAUGUUUUUCAGCUAUCAGUGGAAGAGCGAAGCAGGCGCGAAAGCGACUCUGAGAUCUCUAACACUCUCACUGGCUCUACGUCAAUCACAAACAUCAUAGACAGUCUCUUGCAACUCCUCCAGUCUCUAAACCACGCCAGUGUGGUCCAGUUCUUCACAGCACCAGUUCUAAACUGCAUAACAGGAGUUCUAUUCCCGCCUAACAUCUCCUACAAUCAGUGCGCGAACCAGAGAGUCAAACAGAAUCUCCUGGACCUGCUGUGUGGCAUCGUGAUUCAAAGUACACUCUACCCUUUGCCACAGAAAUCAUUGCCAGUGUUCGACAUAAUUCUGGACUCGUGUCCGAUUUUCAACGAAGGUAGUACAGAAGUGCAAUCAAGCGCAACAAGUACGACAGGUGAUCGAUGUUCGAGGCGGUCGAAGCUGGAAAAGAAACAGUUCACGACUGAUAUAACCCAUCAUGUCAUGGAUUACGUAAUUAAGGCGGAAAUAAUGAACCCAACUGCGGCUGCUUUGCCGUUCACGCCUGGAGGUAACCAACAACACAUUCCGAGUCAUUUAGUUUAUCUUUGCAACAGAUUUGUUGACCUCAUGUGGCAAGAAAUGUUGAACAAAACACCCUCAGAAGUGAUCGAGUUUCUCUGUCGGCUAAUUCAACAGUCGGACUUCGGGGCUUCUCAAUCAGAGAUUGGUUUCUACUCGGCUUUGAAUAGAGUGUUGAUAUACGAUUUGACGAAACUGCCAAAUGACCAGCUGUUAGACCAGAUGGGGACUCUCGAGUGUUUCAGAAAGUACGUAGGCAAGCGAAAGUACAUAUUUGCUCCUCAAAACAACGACCUGAAUUUCCUCGGAGCCUUGUGUUGCAAAAUAUUUAGCGUCGUAAGUUCGAGUAGGAACGCAAGUAAUCGCGAAUUUGUUCUGACCGGCUGCCAAAGGCUUUGGGACACGAUCAUAGACAAGAAAAAAGACCAAAUUGAGAACAUUUUCCGAGUGAAUUUGCCUCAGGGAUCAACUCGGGUUGAUGUCUCGACUUUCGCUGACAAAUUUAGGGAACCAUCGCUGAAGUAUUGGGUGAAUUUUGUCAAAGACGAAACGGAACGAACUCAACAAGAUACGUUCGCUCUCUACGCGCAAUUAAACCAGUCAAAGAUCUCAAGAUGGGGAGGCAGUUUCACUAAAGGAUUCGCAAGUUUCACCUCUAAGGGGUCAAUCAAACAAUCAGGGUCAGCUGUCAAAACUAGUUCACGUGUUCCAGUUGACCUUGCCGUACACCACUGGGUUAAUAGUCACGCGCCUCUGGGUGCCGAAAACAUCUCAUCUGUGCAGUUACACCUGGAACAGCUGAAGAAGAAUUUAGUGGAGGCAACUCCUGUCGAUGAGAUUAUGAGUAAUGGGUCGACGUUGCUGAGCGAGCGAGGCAUUUGGGGCCCAAUGCAUGCAAGUAGAUUCGAUAAGUGGACCCUGGAUAUGACUGAGGGGCCGUGCAGGAUGAGAAAGCGUAUGAAACCCCAUAAGAACUUCUACACUUUGUUCCCCUACAGGCAUGAACAAGAGCAAAACAAAUUUUCAACGCGCAAAAGAGCACCUAGUUCAGCCGACAGCAAACACUUCUAUGCCAAACAUGGUCUACUUCUGAAGAGAACGUCUUCAGUUCCUGUGACUCAAAGCACGCCGAGGCUAACUCAAAACACUCUAAGGUCUCAAAACACAGUCGAUGUUGUAAGUACAACACCUCUAUUGUCAAGAAAGAGAGUAGAAUCUGAAAACCUAGGCAGUGCACUCAGAAACAGUCAAAUUGAAGAAGAACAAGAUAUUGCAACCCUUGAGGUCCCGAACGAAGAGUUUGAUGAAGUUAAUGAUACGAACGCAGCAGGUCAAGAAGAACUGGAAUUACAGGCGAGUAUAAGGGAAAUGCAGUUGACAUCUUCAGAAAGUUACCGCCAAAUAGCUGAAGAGAACGAAACAGAGCCGAAUGUUCUGGGAACUCUAGAGGAGCACGCUGUUUCAGACACAGGAGACAGUGGUAGCGAUCAAUAUCCGACUACAGGUCAUCGGAGAAGUGACUCAGAAACAGUUCAAACAACUAAUGUAACCCGAACAGAUUCAGUACCAAAGAUGCGAACUCUCUCGACAACUUCCUCGGCCGGGGGAGCACAACAGAGUAGCGGUAGGCUUGACUCAACUUCAUCCCUUGUUGACUUGAAUUUAGCAGAACCGAACCAAACUAGUUGCUCGGCUCCGUCAUUGUUUGCAGUCCUAGGCACUUCGGACGUGACGGCGAAUUGCACCAUGUGCAGGUGUGCGAGGAUCCAGGGGUUGGAUAAUUUCGAGGGACUGAUGGUGUUCUUCAGGGAACAUUUCUACAUUGUUGAUGGAUAUACUAUGUUGAAUGGGGAAGUGAAAGACAUCGAAUUUCUCACUUCAGGAGAAUUUGAGCCUAUUAUUCCCAAAACUGGACAAGCGGUGUCUGCAAACGACCUCAAACUGAACCGAUCUGCGCGUGUCGUUCUGCAACUAAAUUACGACGAAAUCCGAGAAAUUCAUAAAAGACGCUACCUUUUACAGCCUAUUGCCCUUGAACUGUUUUCGGCCGACGGAAGAAGUCUUCUGCUUGCAUUCCCAGUAUCGCUCGGGUACCAGAGUGACAGAAACAAAGCCUAUCAUAAACUGUUAACAUUCUGUCCAUCUUUAACCACAUCAGCUGCUCAGAGCGUAUCUGGACAGAAAGCGAGUACAUCAGUCGAGGGAUCAUCAGGGCUGAUUUCCUCAUUAAUUGGGGAGAAAAGUGUAACACAAAGAUGGGAAAGAGGAGAGAUUUCCAACUUCCAAUAUUUGAUGCACCUUAAUACAUUAGCAGGUCGCUCGUAUAACGAUUUGAUGCAGUAUCCGGUAUUCCCGUGGAUUCUUAAGGACUAUGAUUCAGAUUCUUUGGAUCUGGAGAAUCCGAAGUCUUUUCGAGAUCUCUCGAAGCCAAUGGGCGCUCAGGAUCCGGAACGUUUAGAUUCAUUUUUGAAGCGCUUCAAAGAAUGGGAAUCGGACAACCACUUUGACACGCCUCCUUAUCAUUAUGGAACGCACUAUAGCUCAGCUAUGAUAGUUUGCUCUUUUCUCGUAAGAUUAGAGCCGUUCACGUCAAAUUUCCUUAGGCUCCAAGGCGGCCAUUUUGACUUAGCAGAUCGAAUGUUCCAUAGUAUCAAAGAUACUUGGUUAUCAGCGUCCAAAAACAACAUGGCCGACGUGAAAGAAUUGAUUCCAGAGUUUUUCUACUUACCACAGUUUCUGAGAAACGAAAACAAAUUUGACCUAGGUAGAAAGCAAAGUGGAGUUGUUCUCAAUGACGCAGUUUUGCCAAAAUGGGCCAAAGAUUCGCCAGAUGAAUUUAUUCGUAUGCAUCGCGAAGCUCUAGAAAGUGAUUACGUCUCCUCUCAUUUGCAUGAGUGGAUCGAUUUAAUUUUUGGAUACAAGCAACGUGGGCCAGCAGCCAAAGAAGCCUAUAAUUUAUUCCACCAUCUUUUCUACGAAGGAAAUGUGGACAUCUACAACAUAAGUGAUCCGCUUAAAAAGAAUGCAGUAAUUGGGUUCAUUAAUAACUUUGGCCAAAUUCCAGAGCAGUUGUUUAAGAAGCCGCAUCCAGUUAGAAAAGCGUUUUUGGCGUGGUCAGUUGAGCGCCCAUUUAGCACUGCGUAUCCUUCAGCCAAAAUAUUUUACCACCAGCCUGACAAUCUUCAACCUAGUGUCCAGUUGGUGAAAUCUCCUCAUAGGGGAUCUGUGGGUCAAAUCAGAAUCGGAGGUAGUGCCACGGAUAAAGUUUUGAGUGUAGAACAGAAUAGGUUGCUGGUGCCCAAUCAAAAUGGACGAUUCGUCGCCUGGGGUUUCAUCGACGGGUCAAUCAGAAUGGGAAUGACCUCUGACCCAGACAAAUUGGUCUCGAUUUUUGAAGGCGUGGGGUCCAAUUGUGACGUCAUUACAGCGACGAUGCCGAAUGAGAAGUUCAUGUUCACGGGUGGAAAUAGUGGUGUGAUUACUGCGUGGGGAUUCAAUGCGACUCCUGCUGAUGAGAGCAAAUCGUACCUUAAAGUUAACAAGCAACUGUAUGGUCACCAUGCGCCCAUCACCUGUCUGAGUAGUUCGUCCAACUACCACAUAGUGCUGAGUGGGAGUAAGGACUGCACGGGGAUAGUGUGGGAUGUGAACACUCUGCAACUAGUGAGACAACUGCCUAACCACUUCCACCCAAUCACCUGCUGCCACAUCAACAACCUAUCUGGUGAACUGAUCACGACUGCUGGGUGGUACCUCUACGUGUGGACCAUCAACUGCGAACCCAUUGCAUUCAUCAACACAGCUGUCACCAGCAGCCAACAGACCUACAUGUCCCACCUCACACUCCCCCAACCCACGACGCCAUCUGUGCGCAACUCCACAUUCGCCAGUGGGACGAUCAACAAUUCAACCGGGAUGACAGGCAGUGUAAAUAUGACUGCAGCAGCCGCUAGUUUCGGAGGAGGAGCAUCUACUGGAGGCAUAACCUGUCUCGCGGCUAGCGAGCUGAAUGAAUGGAAUAGUGACAAUGUCAUUCUAACGGGGUCAGCGGACGGAGUUGUGAGGAUGUGGAGCAUUGAGAUGCGUCAAGUACCGUGCAAUAGUCCAUACGACACGGUCAGUGCAGAGCACAUAAGACAGACUAAUGAAUCAAACGGAGAAAUAGUUGCCAGUACUGAUGCCAUUGAUGGCCAGAGUGCCAGGGACAACGGGAACCAAAGAAGUGCAAUGGGAGUUCAAAAAAGAUAUUCUAUUGACAGUCUAGAAGAGGACGCCUUCGAUGCUGACGAUACAAGCCAGUCGGCGAUGUUCACUCCUUGUGAUCCUGACAUUAGCCCGUCUUCGGUGCCAAAUAAUGGCUUGGAACUAGACAACACCCUCUCAAUGACAUUAACUUCUGGAACCAAUGUUGUUGACUCCUCCGGAUACGCAGUUUCAGAUCUAGAAUCGCACUAUUCGAGUACUAGAAUACCGUUUUCGUCUACAUCGACCCAGAGAAAUUCUUCAGGAAGUACAUACCAACAGGAACCGGGCUCAGAACCUCUGACCCCAGGAACUCCAGAUCCGUUUCAGGAAUCAAGUCAUGCGAAUACAGCCAAUGCUGAUCCGAAUUGUGAGAGCACAGGCCCGAGUUUUCCCACAGAUGCGUCGAUGCAGUCAUCUAGGAUGAAUUCUGAGACGUUCCACAUUGUGAGCAGAAGUGAUAUAGGCGAGACUCGAAGUGAGACUGGCGUUGGUAACAGAACUAGAAGUGAUGCGUUCAGCAUGGAGACUGAAAUUCUCACGCGAUCGGAAGAUGGUGGGAUUGGGGGAGGGGGACUGAAGCAGGGCUACAAGUGGCAGUACCAGAUAAAGUUCAGAACUAAGCUCACUGCACACACAGCCUUCGAGAGACAAGAUAACCAGUACCCAGCCUCAGUCACAGCAAUCGCCAUUCAUCCUGACCAUUCCAAACUGUAUGUGGGAGAUAGCAGAGGCAGAGUGCUGCAGUGGCUGGUGUGUGACAGUGCACCUGGGAAGGCGCCAGUCGACAACUGGAUGAGGGAUGAAGGUAGUAGUCAAUGCAUGCACUGCUCAGUCCCCUUCUCAUUCACGGAGAGACGGCACCAUUGUAGAAACUGUGGGAAACUAUUCUGUGCCAAAUGCAGUAAUUAUCAGACGAUCAUUCCUCAAAAGAGAAUCACUACUAAUGUGAGAGUGUGUGUGAACUGCUACACCGCCCUGACUCACUCUCUCUCAACUCCUUUGCACACCCAAACUGGCAACGGAGGAGGAGAAAACAUCACAUCGUCUUUACCUUCUUAGCCCUACUCUGUGCCCGAUAUUCUGUAAAACUAGAAAAAGUGCAACCGACAAUAAUUACCAUAACUCAUCAGUUGCCAAGAAAAACUUAUCACACUCAUUAGAAGUACGUCAAAAAAACGGCAAAGUAGAAGUGCGCUUAGGAGGACAAAAAGCGGCGAAGCAGAAACUUACUAUUGAAAUUCUUCUGCUCUAAAACAUCAAAACUGCAACAAACGAAAGUCCCAUCUCUGAAAGAGUGUUGAAUUGUUGAAAAUUUGUUUAAAUAUAUACUGCAAUAGUCUUUCUAGCUUUCAAUUUUUUUGUGAUUGAAGUCAUGCGAAGUGUUUUUUUUUUAAAUACAUCUACAAGUUCAGAAGUUAUUUUAUUUGAAGUUGAUUGCUUAAUAGGAUUUUGAAUACGUGGUUAACCAUUUUCAUCUUAGAUAAAUAGCUUCGAUUCUUCAUUAGUUUCUGUUCGCAUCUAUUUUUUUCUGAGCUAAACCACAAAGAAACCAGUGUUUAUUUUGAUAUAUUCUGAAAAAUAGUAUUGUAAAUUUCAAGUAGUGUAGAUAUAAAAUGUAUCGUAAUUUUUGCUAUUUUAUGUCAAUUCCAUCAGUUAAAAUUAUUUAUGGGAACUAAUAAAUGCUAUUGCAUUCAAUUUUAGGUGCUGAAAUAUUUUGAAUAUAAAUUGUAACGACUAGAUAAUAGACGUAAAAUUAUCGAAAGUUUCUUGAUCGUUUGUGAGUCCUAGUCACUCGAACGUAAACUCCAGAAUUUUUGCUAAAGAGUUUUAAAUUAUUUUUUGGUAAUUUGAAUGCAAAAAAUUGAGUUAGGUUGCAAUGCACAUUACGCAGGAUUAGAUUAAAUUUUUUGCAGCUAAUCUGUCUUGUGUCUUGGUAGAUGUAAUGUGAUUUGUUGAACCAUUCCAAGCCAAAAGAUUGGGAUAUUCGAAACAAACUUUGCAACAACAGAAUUUUCCUCAAAUCUCAUGUAAUCUUAUUUAUUAUUUGCCAUGCAAUAUAUGAUCAUGAUAGUGCUAAAUUUUUUUCAUAUUAAUAAAAAUUUCUA